AUGGUAGCUCCUGUUGAUAAUGGAGACUUCAAUGAUUGUAACACCACUGAAUCUCAAGAGGAAAUGAAAUUGCAGUUCAUCAUCGUCUUCAGAGGACAGCUCCUUUCAAACAUCAUUGUGACUGCCCCUCCACCCAAUGGACUGCAGCAGUUCAAGAAAGCGGCUCAUCGUCAUGCCCUUAAAGGCAAAAUUUUUCGCCGGAAGAAGAAAGUUCAUCGAUCCUUUGCAAGUCUUUUUUCGAUUGACUCCUCCAGUUCCUGGUUGAAUAGCAGUCUUUUCAGUGGAACUGAAUGUCCCCUUGCAGAAUCCUCUUGGAUUGAUGGAGGAAGUGAUUUUGACUCCAGUUUUAGUAACAAUCAAGGAGGAAACAAUGCUGACUUGACCUCCACUGGUCGAUCCUGGUUAUCAGAAGAGAAUCUGCCCCUCAUUGAUACUGAAGCCUGCACCAAAGAAAGUUUAUUGAUAAACAAAUCAACAGGAGGCUUUUUUGAACUUCCUUUUCAUUCAUCAUUACAUCCUACAAAGUGCUCCCUCAAUAACAUGUCAAGAGGUCCAGAUUUUAUGACUGUCAAGAAUUUCUUUUUUCACCUGAUCAUUUUGGUCCUCUCAAUAUGUGUCGCCGUGUUUGCAAGGUGCUUUCUUGGAGGAGCGGUUGCUGCGUUACUCAUGACUAUGCUGGUGUUUGCAGCUGUGCUGCACACAGCAAAAUCUGCAUAUCCCUGCUUUAUUAAAUCUCACAAUAUCUUGGACCAUGUACAAUCUGAGAAUUUGAAGAACAAUUAUAUACGAACUGCUUCAUAGCAGCACUAGGGAUGAAGUUGGAAAAGUCUUGACAAUUUUGACAAGUGGGAAGCACAUCACGUUGAACUGACGGGAGACGCAAUGAUCCUUUCUCUCUUGAUCUUAAGCACGGUUCCUCAUUUCACAAUUCUAGAGAAAACCAAGUGGUUAAAUCAUUUCAGAAAGCAAGAUGCUCUUUUAAAGGAGAAUGAAAAUGUCAAAUGGACUUGAAUAUAAGAAACUAUUCUCUCUUGCCCUUACACAUCUAGCUUCAAAUGAUCUUUAAAUCUCACCUCGCUUCAUUUCCAUACUGAGCCAUUUCAAUGGUCUCCAUGGAGGAAUGGCUGAUGAAAGACUCUUAAAAUGUGGCAGAGACUUAUCCUUGGCUAAUCCUAGUUGUCCUUGUGUCCAUUAUCUUUUGACCUCUUUGUGUUCAGUUGGUGGAGGCCACAAAUAAUACAAGCAGCAUCACAAUUCACAUACAUUCAACCAUUCUGUCUAUGAGAUAGUGACUGUUAUGCAGCAUGAGCAUUCCUAUAAUGAUGCCACACUAGCUCACUAUGCCUCACUUAUGAAAAGAGAGAAAGACAAUUAAAGAUGCUGGCAGCUACUACUAUUAUAGAUGAUGUGGAUAUUAGAUUUAAGAGAACUGCAUCUCUUUAAAUCAUUGGGCUGGGCUACAGAUCCAGCUUUAGCAUUUUGUUUGAUAUCAUUCAUUCUGCUUUCCUGCUGAUCAGUGCCCACAUAGAACCAACAUCCAGCACCAGUCACUAGGCAUAUGUGCCUAUCCAUGAUGAUGUUGCCACUUAUCAAACUCACUGAUGCAAACAGUCCAAGGGCAUUUGUUUGGGUUCCGGCCUUAGGGGGUUAUGCCAGGAGAGUUUCAGUCCAUGCCCUUUCAAAGUGGGGUCUUUAGGCCGCUGCCCCAAACUUUAUUGCACCAGCUUAGAGAGGUUUGGACAGUGCAGUUGCUCAAGAUUAAACUCAACAAAAGCCACUGCAUCUCUUACCAAAGGCGCAUUCCAGAAGGAAGUGCACAACAGUUUCUUCCCAAUCACAGCCAUCUCAAGAGCACUGCAUUCAGAGUUCUCACAUCUCCAGCUAACCUCCUUAAAGCAUUCACCACUGUACCUCCCAACAGAGGUGGGGAGUAAAAGGGCCUUGGCAGCAUCCAACGUAACUAAUAGACUCCAGUGAUAUGUUUGUUUCAGAUAGUCAUGGCCAUGGAAAUCUCCUGCUGAACAUAGAAUCCCUACAGCACAGAUAAAGGCCAUUCGGCCCAUUAAGUCUGCAACGACCCUCUUAAGAGAUUCCCACUCUAUCCCUGUAACCCCACAGUUACCAUUACUAAUCCACCGAACCUAUAUAUCUCUGGACGCUGCAGGCAUGGCCAAUCCAUCCAUGCUGCACAGCUUUAGACUGUGGAAGGAAACCACGGCAUUAGGCAGAAACACAUGCAGACUCAGGGAGAGCAUUCAAACUCAACACAGACUGUCGCCUAAGAUUGGAAUCAAACCAGGGUCCCUGGUACUGUGGUGCAGUGCUAACCACAGAACCACUGUGCGGAAGCACUGAAUGCAGCUAGGGCAUUGAAUUCAAGUUUGGUGGAAAACAUAAUUGUUCAUUUGUAAGAGUCGAUAAGUAGUGCCAGCAUUGUCCAGAUUCUGAAGAGGUUAACUGCCACUCUGAGCUUGGCAUGAAAAGUGAAAGAGAAAACAGGGAGAGAAAUCUCCUUCACACAUCUUCACUAAUCUUCCUGUCACAGAAUCUUUUCUCGACACAGCAUGGGUCAUCGUAAUCACAAAAACACCUGCUGGAGACCAAGUGCAGUUUUAACUGUGAGAAGGGUUGCCUUCAUUUUGUGUGGCAUCCCCACUGAUUGGAACAGAUAGAGAACUGAUCCAUCAGCUUUAAAGUGGGAAUCCAUGAGGGAUACUGGGCAAUAUUUUGUACAUUGGGGCUUUUCGAGUUUGGUUAACACAACGAGUUUCUAAAUUUCUAACGUCCGGGUUAUUACUUUGGAACCAUAUAGACGUAUCCCUGCUAAUGAAUUGAUUAUUUGAACAUGCUAAAUAUGAACAAUGGAAUUUGUUUGACUACUGAAAGAUAUCAUUUAAGAAUAAGCAAACACAAAAUGCUAUUAAUGUUACUGAUAAGCAUAUUAAUGUCUAUCUGAAAAGUUAUUUGCAUUUGUUUCUCUUUUUCUUUCGCUAUAAGUCUGUAAUAAAUUGCUUAAAACCGA